GUUUGUUUAUUCUACGCGGGGUAAUUUAAGCUCCUGUCUUUGGGAGUUCUGACAACAAAUGUCUGUUCUUUUGAGGUCUUGCAUUUUCUAACGAGGUUUGCAAAAGAGAACUAUAGUCACUUUAUUAACUCCAUUGUUAACCAAGAGAUAAUGACAGGAAAGGACUUACUGCUCGAAGAAGGGCGUUUUUUAAUAAAUACACCAUUUGUGUCUAAUAAGUAAGACAUCUCAAACAAUUGUUUAAUUUUUCUGUAUAGAAAGCAUUAGCUGCUAUUGUUGUGGAUCUAUUGCAUAUUUUGGUCAGCAGCUGGUUUGAGAGCUCCAGAUGGAGGGAGUGUUGCUUUUAAAGUCGACCUCUCCUUCCACGUGUUCGCCUGAAGAUUCUUCUGAUAUGUCACGGGAUGCAAAGGAAAAUUCAGAUCUCCAAGUAACUUCUUUGGCUCCUGUCAUGCAUGCUACAGUGGCACCUCCACCACCACCUCCUCCUCCACCUCCACCUCCUCCUCCAACUUCUUUUGACUCUUGUGAUGUCCAGAGACGUUCCAUGAAAAGGCUGAACUGGGACACCAUUCCCAGACAUAAUGUGGUUGGGAAGCUGAAUAUAUGGACUUCCAAACGGCCUCAGAGGAAUUUGGUCCUGGAUAUUCGGACCAUGGAAGAGUUAUUCAGUCAUGUUGACAAACGGGCAUCCUUACGCAGUUCAACAGUCGUAGGUCUGCGCAAGUAUGGCAGCAUGGACCUCCUUCCACAGGAGCCUCGGAUCACAAUUCUGGACUCCAAGAGGAGUAUGAAUACUGGGAUUUUCCUGAGACAUUUCAAGAGGUCUGUGAAGGAAAUAGUGGAGGAUAUCCGUCAAGGGAACUGGCUCAGAUUUGGAACAGGCAAGCUAAAAGAGCUCUGUAAACUGCUGCCAGACGAAAGUGAGGUGAAGCAACUACAGUUGUUCAAUGGGACUGUGUCUUCAUUACCUGAGGCUGACCAGUUCAUGGUGCAGCUCAUCAGAGUUCCAGGCUAUGAAGAACGCCUGAAAACAAUGGUGCUUAGGGAGGAAUUCUUUCCUCUCAUGGAGGAGGUGAAGAACUCCAUUGCUGUCAUGACCAAAGCAGCAAAUGAGCUAUUGGACUGCGAUGACCUCCAUUCAGUCAUUCGACUGGUAUUAAAAGCUGGGAAUUACAUGAAUGCUGGCGGUUACAGUGCCAAUGCCAUUGGCUUUAAGAUGGCUUCUCUCCUCAAGCUAGCAGACACUAAAGCCAACAAGCCUGGCAUGAAUCUCCUGCACUAUGUUGCCAAGCAAGCAGAAGACAUUGAUGCUGAGUUGUUGACUUUUCCCCGCCAGCUUGAUCACAUUGAGAUGGCUUCAAGAAUCUGUAAAAACGAAGUAAUCACAGACUUUGAGGCGGAAGUUGAGAAGAUUAAAGAAGUGAAACAGUUCAGCAGCAGACCGCCUGGCCUUUUGCAACAAUUGGAGACAUUUCUUAUGAGGGCAGAAGCCAAGAUUGCAGACAUGGAGAUAUCUCUCCAGGAACUACAUGCUGUUAGCCACGCUGUUGCAGAGUACUUUUGUGAAGACCCUGCUACUUUCAAACUAGAGGAGUGCUGCUCCAUCUUCAACUCGUUUUGCAAGAGGUUUGACACAGCCGUACAGGAGAACCGAGAGCGAGAGGCAGCAGAGCAGAGACACAAGCGGAAGGAGAGCAUGCGUAUAUCAGUCAAACGCCGCUCUACUGUAUCUUGUACAGGACCUGAGCUUAAUAAUGUGUCCUCGUGUUUGGAGUCAGCCCUGCAUAACCUUCUUUCCUCUGUCCCGGGCAGUAUACCCAGAUGCAGGAAGAACAUGCGUCCCCUAGUUAAACCAUCGCUAUCUGAAUGCAGCUCUCAAAUUGCAGACAAACCAGCUGCAGCAACCAGUCAAGAGAGUCCAGAAAAGAAACAGCUGAAACUGCAGAAAGAGAGUAUGCAAAUGUCAAAAGUAGAAGACAAAGAAGUGGAGAAGAUGCGUGAGGUAACUCGGAAGGUGCUUGAUUUCCAAAAACGCAGUGGCAGCCUUGAUGGUGACAAGAUUUUAGGCAGUCCUCAUUCAGACAGAGGACAAGGGAAAAUUGCCACCCCGAGUACCCCUCUCCCUCGAACCAGAGACUUCUUUUUUGCCUAUAAUGGGGAUGUUGGUUCCCCAUGGACUAUUCUGAGUCCUAUCACUUGCUCCCAAAGGGACAACCCACUUCGAAACAGACAAGCUCGCCAGCAAAGAAUUUCAAGGACAUGCAGCAGAGAAAACCCUGUUGAUGGAUCCUGGAAAAGUGAUGAAAAACACACCCAACCCAACACCUGCAGCCAGGACAGAACAUCUCCAUCAGUGGGCUCUGCAUCUCUUCCUGAGUGCCCCUGUCAGAGGAUUUUGUCCCAAGGUCCAGUUGUCAGGUCUGCUUCUGUGGAUGAAACCAUGCGAUCCUCUGCAACUGGCUUCAAAAUGGGAGGCUUGUUCCAAAGGAGCACAUCUCAGAGGUGUUAUUCUUCUAGCUCACAGACAGGAAAUAUUAGAGAACAUGAAGCUGGCAGUAAGGCGGGAAGUCGUGUGGAGGGGCAAGCGAGCGGGUCCGGAUUUAUGUCCUUCCUCAAACGCAUCGGAGGCAGAAGUAAGCCUGGUGAUUUGGAGGAACAAAACUUAAAAAGGGAUGCAAUACUUGAUUAGAAUUUUUCCUUACAAAGAUAAAGCUCUCUUUUUUUAGUUUUUUUUUUUUUUUUUUUUUUUGAAAACCCUUCAGUAAGAACAAGGUAAUUUUGGACUUGCUUUGCCCUCUGAGGGUUUUUGGUGGUCAGUCCACAUCCAAAAGUCUUAACAACUGUUUUUGUUUGUCUUCUUUUUUUGUAAACA